UAUUAUAAACACAGCUGACAGAGCCGCCAUUACCGGCACGAAACCGAAAGCUUUGAAGCUUCGAUUGAUCGGCCAUGGCGUUUCAGAAGCAAAUUUUGAAGAAGGCUCUACGAGAGGCGAACUUGAAGCGGUUCAUUGGCCGUUCCAGGCAAGCCUUUUGUAGUUUUUUCUCUUCGAUUCCUUCUUCUUCCGCUGCAACUGAUCUCAAACCUGUUCUUCCGCCGUUUGAUUACACGCCGAAGCCUUACAAAGGACCUCUUGCCGAUGAAGUUUUUCAGAAGCGGAAGAAGUUUCUCGGCCCUUCGCUUUUUCACUACUACAAGAAGCCGCUCAACAUUGUAGAAGGGAAAAUGCAAUACUUGUUUGAUGAGAAUGGGCGGCGGUACCUUGAUGCUUUUGCUGGUAUUGUUACUGUUUCUUGUGGGCAUUGCCAUCCUGAUGUCUUGGCUGCAGUCAAUGAGCAAAACAAGCUUUUACAGCAUGCCACAACCAUAUACCUACACCAUGCAAUAGCUGAUUUUGCUGAAGCAUUGGCUGAGAAAAUGCCUGGAAACUUGAAGGUUGUAUAUUUUGUAAAUUCCGGGACAGAAGCAAAUGAAUUAGCCAUGCUUAUGGCCCGUCUAUACAGUGGUAAUCUAGGUAUGAUUGCAUUGAGAAAUGCAUACCACGGAGGAAGUUCUAACACAAUUGGACUGACGUCUUUGAAUACAUGGAAGUACCCAAUACCUCAGGGUGAAAUUCAUCAUGUUGUGAAUCCCGAUCCAUAUCGUGGUAUCUUUGGGUCAGAUGCUAGUAGUUAUGUCAAAGAUGUCCAAGAUCAUAUAGAUUACGGUACUUCAGGAAGAGUUGCUGGAUUUAUAGCUGAAACAAUUCAGGGUGUUGGAGGAGCUGUUGAAUUAGCACCUGGAUACUUGAAACCCGUUUACGACAUUGUUCGCAAGGGUGGUGGUGUUUGCAUUGCUGAUGAGGUUCAAACUGGCUUCGGUCGUACAGGAAGCCAUUACUGGGGCUUUGAGACGCAGGGUGUGGUUCCUGAUAUAGUAACCAUGGCAAAGGGUAUUGGAAAUGGUUUGCCAUUGGGAGCAGUGGUGACAACGCCUGAAAUAGCAAGCACGAUGGCUCAAAAACUUCAGUUCAACACUUUUGGAGGGAACCCAGUUUGUUCUGCGGGGGGACUUGCAGUUCUAAGAGUUGUUGACAAGGAGAGACGUCAAGCACAUUGUGCAGAUGUUGGUGCGCAUUUACUAGAGGGAUUGAGAGGUCUCCAGGAAAAAUAUGAAAUCAUAGGAGAUGUACGAGGAAGAGGAUUAAUGAUAGGUGUAGAAUUCGUAACGGAUCAGAAGGACAAAACCCCGGCAAAGACCGAAACCGCAGUAUUGUUCGAGAAACUAAGAGAACUGGGCGUUCUCGUGGGGAAAGGAGGUCUGCAUGGCAAUGUAUUUCGAAUAAAGCCCCCAAUGUGUUUCACAAAAGAUGAUUCAGAUUUUCUUGUUGAUGCUUUGGACUAUGCCAUUUCAAAGCUGUAAAAGCUUCAAUCUGGUAAACAACAACAACGACAACCCAUCAGUGUUCUUGUAUGUUACUUAAAAUAAAAUGUAAUUCUUGUUUGUAGGAGCUACCAUGUGUUGUUUACUAUAUUACAAGUUUUAAACCAGGACUUAGUUUCAGAAACCUUCUUUUUUCUUUCAAAAACUGAUUGAACAUUGUUUCUACGAGUGAAUAUAAGUAUUUAU